AUGUCUUCGGAAGGCUCGAAAAACUCACAGCAACCUUCCGGUGGAAGAAGCACCGGGGCCGAGGGAGGUCCCUCUGGAUACUUCCAAUGCGCAAACUAUCGUGAGGGGCAUCCUCUACAAUAUCGCUGGGUUCCCGUCAACGGCUCGCUGUGCGCCCACUGUCAAUGCGCACCCCGACGCUGA